AUGGGGUACUUGAAACUUAAGAGUGUCGAGGUAGACAGCACCACAAAAAAGCUGAUGGAUCCGCUCAAGUUCAGCUUUCGGUUUGCAUGCUCCAAUGAAAUAAAGUCCGGUGUGGAGUUUGUUGUUUUGUACAACAUGGACGUGCACUCGGAUGAAAAUGAUCAGGUACUUGCGGAAGUUGAAAUUGCACCCAUUCCCAAAGGUAAGAUCGAAUUCAGCAUUGAUGCAGAUGCGCCUGAUGUAAACAAGAUACCUUUGGACGACAUGUUUGGACUAACAUCAAUCCUCAUUAUUGGAAAAUAUAAAGGCCAGCAAUUUAUUAGGAUAGGCUAUAUUGUUGAUGUAAGUUACCCGGGAAUACCAAGCAGCAAACUGAUAAAGAACGACAUUGAGGAGCCAUCUGAGGAGAUUGAAGAUAAGGAAGAAGACGAGGAAGAUGGAGAAGAAAACUCGGGAAGUGCUGGAGGGUCUAAUGAGUCAGAUUACAUAACAGAGGAUGAGGAUGAGAAUGCUGAGUCUGGAGAGCCAAGAACGUUUAUGGAAGCGGUUGAGGACGUGGCUAACGAGGGGAAGGAAAGGAUAUUUGAAUCUGAAGGGAGAGAGGAGGAAGAAGAUGAAAGGGUUGGAUCUGACUCGUACUCGGAAAUUAACAGGGAACUUAACAAAAGCGUUGGAGAGGAGGCUGAAUUAGGUAACGAAGACAAAGACGUAUUUGAGUAUUGCGGAUACAGGAUUGAUAAAAGACAAAUUGAGAUGAAGCUAAUGAAUCCGCCGGUAAUCAACUUAUUUGAGAUAGAAUGGUCAGAAGAAGCCCCAGAUAGGGAGAAAUCUGAUGCUAGUGAUGAAGCCCCUCUAAAAAAACAAAAGGUUCAAGAAUCUUAA